UGGAGCAGAAGCAGUGAGAGGCCUUUAGGUGCCACUUCAGGCUCCUGCUCAGCUUCAUCCAGCUCUGCUCAGCUUUUCCAAAAGCAACACGGUGCUCUGCUUUCCCUUUGGAGAACCAGAGCGCAUCCAAAGCCAUGUGCUCCUGGAGGUUUCCACCCUCACUUGAUUCAGAGCUGCCUAUGUGACCUAAUGUCAUGUGAUGGCCCAGACUGAGCUUGCUUUGUCACGGUGGUUUGGGACUUGGUUUUCUGCCUGCCCCAUAGAUCUGUAGGUCUGACUUUAUCCUCACAGCUGGCUUGGGGCCAGACUGGAGUAGUACUGCCCAUGAGGUUGUACCACCCCCCCUCUCUGCUUGUCUGGGCAGUUGCUGAGCAUGAGGAACUCUGAUGGAGGCUUUGCCACUUAUGAAACCAGGCGAGGAGGCCACUUACUGGAGCUGCUGAACCCCUCGCAGGUGUUUGGUGACAUCAUGAUUGACUACACAUACGUGGAAUGCACAUCCGCUGUCAUGCAGGCACUGAGACACUUCCAGAGCCAGUUCCCUGAGCACCAAGCCGUGGAGAUCAGGGAGACUCUGCAGAAGGGCCUGGAUUUCUGUCGCAAGAAGCAGCGAGCGGAUGGGUCCUGGGAAGGGAGCUGGGGGGUUUGUUUUACCUACGGCACCUGGUUUGGUCUGGAGGCGUUUGCCAGCAUGCAGCACACAUACCAGGACGGGACUGUCUGCCAAGAAGUGGCCCAGGCCUGCCAGUUCCUGAUCUCCAAGCAGAUGGCAGAUGGCAGGUGGGGAGGAUUCGAGUCCUGCGAGAAGCACACAUACGUGCAGAGUGCCGAGUCACAGAUCCACAACACCUGUUGGGCCCUGCUGGGGCUCAUGGCUGUCAGGUACCCUGACAUCAGUGUGCUGGAAAGGGGCAUUAAAGUGUUGAUGGAUAAGCAGCUGCCCAACGGGGACUGGCCUCAGGGGAACAUUGCUGGGGUGUUCAACAAGUCGUGUGCCAUCAGUUACACCGUGUACCGCAACAUCUUCCCCAUCUGGACACUGGGGCGGUUCUGCCGGCUGCAUCCCAACAGCCCCCUGGCUGGGCAGCUGCCAGCCAGAGCCAGAGCCAGCCCCUCGGCUGGGGCAGGGCAGGAGGAGCAGGGAGCCCUGUCUACUUGAACCUGCGGCCCUGGACUUGUCUUGGAUCCCGGUGUCUGUGUGGGGCCGUGGCGGUGUGUGUUGCAUGGGACAUCUCCAUGCUGACCUUAGCAUGUUGACUGCUGCCUCUGCCCGGGAAGGGUGCUGUGCCGGUGCUGCAGAGCCUCUGCUUGCUGUUGAACCUCUUCUAAACAUUCCCUUUCUAAGGUUUUUUCCAGGUAUGUUCUCCAUCCCCAGAUGGGGAGUGAAGUGCCUUUUCAGACCAUUUUGAAGAUCAGAUGAAGCUGCCGAGCUGUGUUGUAUUUCACAUUUGGACAGACUCUCAUCCUGGGUCGCAUGGCUGCCUUUAUUGUCACAGUCUGUCUGUCUAUACCAAGAGUGUGGGAUUUGGGGUCUCCCCUGUGCCCACCACUGGGGCUUGGGGGGCACUGCACAAUCCCUGCUGAGCUGACCUCUGUACUGUGGGUGCCAGUGAUGGCCUUUGAGUUACUCACUCUACUCUGGAGCCCGUGCUGGGAGGGGAAGGACACCUGUCCUCCCCCAGAUGUGUAAGAAAAGGAGUGCUUUGCUUAAUUUUCUUAUUGUUCUGUCCCCCAGCUGGUGGCACCUACCUUCCGCAGGUGAAGUCACCACCAGCCCUUGGAGAAGGGGCAGCUGAAGCAGAAAGCUGUGAGGUGGUUGGCAUCAUGGCACAGCCUGAGCCCAGGGCUCCAGGCUUCCCCCAACUCAGACCGUGGUGCCCUGGGACAUUCACAGGUCAUUGUCAGAGCUGGAAGUCAGAUGGGAUAAGAAAUUGCUAAGGGUGAUGCAAGAGGAACUUCACUGUAUUCUCCUUUCUGUCUGCUAGUGUGUGUCCCAGGCAGAGGGGAGCUGGCACAGCAGCCUCAUGUCAUGUGGCUUGGCUUGCCUGUCCCCAGAUGUGUGAGCACCAUAUCCACCAAACCAUGCUGGGAGCCUGUGCCUCCUCUAAAGCAUUUAGCCACAGAAAAAUGUAAUCAAGGAAGCAGCUCACUAAAGGGGAAUGAUCACUUCCCUCAUCCUGCUGCUUACGCUCAUGCAGAUAAGCAAGACAGAAAAACUUAUUUGUUUAAGAAGAUUCAGCUCAGGCUGUCUCAACUCAGCCCUGUUUGCCUUUUCCAAAUUAUGGACCUCUUUAUACCUGUCUGUGAUAUUACUCUGCAUUUAAAUUUCUUCUUGCUGAAACUGAAUUAUUCAAGUGUCACGUGCUGAUGUGUUUUGAGAGGACAUGGCUGUGUGGAUUUCACCUAUUGUUAAAAUCUGCUCCAAGCUGCAAUUUUGGAUUGAGCACAUGCAGAAGAGAUCAAGUAGAUACAGGAUAUAUUCAGUACAAUUCUUGUUUGAUAGAAACUGCUUCUUCCAGGAGUCCUCUGGCACUCUUCCCAGGGAUCUUCUAGAGUGUUUUGAUCUCUGAUUUCAGAGAUGCCAGGUGUCAGUCCUAGACUACUCCCAGGAUGUUAGCUGAGGUGAUUUUUUUUCCUUUGGAGAAACGCUCAGGUUUGGAAUCUAUUCAAGAUUCAUCCCAGGCAUCUGGAGUCUUUUGAUCUAUGGUUUUGGGACCUGACAUCUUGGGUGGCAGCCCCAGACUCUUCCAAGAAAACUUUCUGAGAUUAUUUUUCUGUUUUGGAGGAAAUCUGUUUCUGUUUUUCAGGAGUUGCAGCACAUGAAAAGAGAGAUACAAAUGCAGACUGGUUUAUUACAUGCAAUAAAAAGAGAUCCAAGAUUUAGCCAUGA